CUUCCUUUUAUUUCGGCCAUGAUUUCUGGUCUCUUCAUCUACAGUCACAAGGGCGAAGUCCUGAUUUCCCGUGUCUACCGCGACGACAUUCGUCGAAACGUCUCGGACGUCUUCCGCGUCAACAUCAUCCACUCGCGCCACCAAGUCCGCUCGCCAGUCAACAUUAUCAACCGGACGAGCUUCUUCCACAUCAAGCACGAGAAUGUGUGGCUGGUGGUGGCGGCCAAGGAGAACGUCAACGCCAUGACCGUGUUCGCCUUCCUGCACAAGUUCAUCCAGGUCUUUGUCUCGUACUUUGGCAAGUUCAACGACGAGGCCGUCAAGAACAACUUUAUUCUCAUCUACGAGCUCCUCGACGAGGUCCUCGACUUUGGCUAUCCCCAAAUUGUCGACUCGAACGCGCUCAAGGCGUACAUUACCCAGGAAGGGUUGAAGAUUGCCCGAACCUCCACUGGCGCCGGCGCAGUCACCAGCCAGCUCACCGGCACCGUGUCAUGGCGCCGCGAGGGCAUCAAGUACCGCAAGAAUCAAAUGUUCAUCGAUGUCAUCGAGUCGGUCAAUCUGCUCAUGUCCACCGACGGCAAGCCAUUGUCUGCGCACGUCUCUGGCUCCAUCAUGAUCAAGUGCUAUCUGUCCGGCAUGCCCGAGUGCAAGUUUGGUCUUAACGAUAAGAUUUUGCUUGAAAAGGAUGGCCGAAGCCAGACACGCGCACGGAAGGGCGGCGCUGGAAUUGCCAUCGACGACUGCACAUUCCACCAGUGCGUCAAGCUGGGCAAGUUCGAGGCCGACCGCAGCAUUAGCUUUAUUCCCCCGGACGGUGAAUUCGAGUUGAUGAAGUACCGCACUACAGACAACAUUGCGCUGCCGUUCAAGGUCAUCCCGCUUGUCAAGGAGAGCGGCAACCGCAUUGAAAUCAAGGUUGUCGUCAAGGCACAAUUCAAGGCGACCCUGUUUGCCACCAACGUCGAGGUUCGCAUUCCCACUCCCCGCAACACUGCAGCCGUGCAUGUCACAACAGUCACUGGCUCUGCCAAGUACAAGCCGUCCGAGAAUGCCAUUAUUUGGAAGAUGAAGCGAUUCGCUGGCCAGUAUGAGGCUCAGGUCUCUGCAGAGGUCGAGCUGCUCGCCUCCUCCGAAAAGAAGGCAUGGAACCGCCCCCCAAUCUCGAUGGACUUCCAGGUUCCCAUGUUCCCCGCAUCGGGCCUCAAUGUGCGAUUCCUCAAGGUCCUGGAACACAAGCUCAACUACGAGACCGUCAAGUGGGUCCGCUACAUGACCAAGGCGGGUUCAUACGAAACGCGCUGCUAAAAUCCAUUGCCGUUGAAGGGAGAGGGCCAGACUCAGCAUCUGCGCGGUUUAUGGUUUCCCCCCUCCAUCAGAGUGUCCUUGACUUUGGUUGUCUGCUGUUGAGUAUGUGUAGCAUCUUUUUUUUUUCCCCCCCCCCCCUGUAACUUUGUGUGUGUGAAUGAUUUUUGUGUUGUUUUGUUUUUUGUUCUUACGAAAGUUUGCAAACUGUCGGGUUUUCGGUGGUAGCGCCGCAUCCAACUAACGA